AUGCGUCUGGGCGUCUUCCUCGUGUUCUUCGUGGCCACGUUUGCUGUGAGCUGCAACACUCUGGUGAGCGCCGAAAAAGACAACGCCGCUCGCCACUUGAAGGGAACCCCAACGGACGAUUUGACCGCUGAGAGCGAAGAGAGAUCGCUUAAUGACAUCAAGAUUAUGAAAGAGAUUAACGCGGGCAUAAAGGCUGCCGGGUUGGGUGCUAGUGAGAAGGUUUCCACCGCCGUUGUUGCCGCCGCUAACGCCGCCUCCAAACAGCAAAAGGCGCUCAUGGCCGUGAAGAGUUUCAACAAUAUUGAAGCUAAGACCACUGCCGCUGCCACUACCGUCGCGAAAGAUUGGAAGAAGCUCGCCAACGCUGUCGAGGCUGGCGCUAGCUUCAAGAAGCUGGAUGUCAAUAGCCCCAAGUGGAAGGAAGCGUUCACGACGGCGAAGCAAACGUCCAAGAUCAGAAUUACCGAGGCUCAGGCUGCCAAGAUCACGCAAGCUGCAGCCAAGCAAAUGGCCAAGAACCCCUCCAAAUCGCGUAAGGCCCAGGAGUUCCUCCUGGUUUCGCUUGGUCUCGGGGCUACGGUACUAGUUCUCGCUGGGCUUGACUUGAUGAUUUCUACAUAG